UCACAAUGAUCCCAUACUUUGUUUCUAAUCUCAACAAAUAUAUUAUCAUUAUAAAUAAAAAUCAAUCUGUUAAGAACAUAACCCUAAAAAACACUUCAGUAUUAUCAUUCCACUCAUAUUCAUCCCAUGUAUCAUCAAAUAAUAAUAAUCAAGAAUCUGGUGUUGUAACAAGUAAAGGAGUUUCAUUUCCAUCACAAUCUCAAAUUCAAAAACUCAUAUCUUCACAAUCAGACCCUUUAGUAGCCAAAGAAAUUUUCGACUUAGCCUCCACUUCAUACCCCGGUUUUUGUCAUUCCUACGCCACAUUUCAAACCCUCAUACUUAAACUCGGCCGUGCCCGCCUUUUUCCCCAAAUGAAUUCCCUUUUAUCCAGCCUUAAAUCUAGCCACCACACCGUCACGCCGUCUCUUUUUACGCAUAUUAUUCGUUUAUACGGUGAUGCUAAUAUGCCCGAUAAGGCGUUAAAGACGUUUUACACUAUACUAGAGUUUAAUGUCAAGCCACGGACGAAACAACUUAAUGUCAUUCUCGAGAUUUUAGUGCUGGAUAGGAAGUAUUUACGUCCUGCAUUUGACUUGUUUAAGGCUGCUCAUCGGUAUGAGGUUGUGCCUAACGUUGAAUCGUAUAAUAUUUUGAUGCGCGCGUUUUGUGGGAAUGGGGAUCUUAGUAUAGCGUACCGUUUGUUUAAUGACAUGUUUAAGAGAGAUGUUGUUCCGAAUGUGGAAAGUUAUCGGAUUCUGAUGCAGGGUUUGUGUAGAAAGAGUCAGGUGAAUAGGGCGGUGGAUUUGUUGGAUGAUAUGUUGAAUAAAGGGUUUGUACCCGAUUCGUUGACUUACACGACUGUGUUGAAUAGUUUGUGUAGGAAGAAGAAACUUAGGGAGGCGUAUAAGCUUUUAUGUAGGAUGAAGGUCAAAGGGUGUAACCCAGAUAUUGUACAUUAUAAUACUGUUAUUUUAGGUUUUUGUAGGGAGAACCGUGCACAUGAUGCAUGUAAGGUUCUUGAAGAUAUGCCGUCUAAUGGCUGUUUGCCGAAUUUGGUGUCUUAUCGUACUUUAGUAGGUGGUUUGUGUAGUCAGGGAUUGUAUGAUGAGGCGAAAACUUACUUGGAUUUGAUGGUUUCAAAAGGCUUUUCUCCUCAUGUGUCGGUUUGGCAUAUCUUGAUUAAUGGGUUAUUUAAUAUUGGGAAGAUUGAGGAAGCGUGUACGGUUUUGGAGGGGAUGUUGAAGAGUGGGGAAGCUCCACAUCUUGAUACUUGGAUGGAUGUAAUUAAUAGGAUUUGUGAGGUGGAAACUGAAAGAUUAGAGGAAGUGUUGAAGGUUGAAAUAGAGCCUCAUACGAGAAUAGUGGACGCAGGUGUCGGUUUACAAGAGUAUUUAUUCAAGAAGGGUCGAGCUAAUGAUAAGUUCAUAUCAAAAAGGGGAAAGGUUUAAGGGGUAUGCGUAUUAAAGAGCCUAAUUUGAGGAAUUCUGGUUGCAAAAGCCACUUCUGUGACUGAAAGUUUGAAACUUUUGUGAUUAUGGUAUGUGGGAAGCGUUCUGACUUCGACAAUGCUCUGAAUCACUUCAUGAUUUGGAUAGCAAGUGUUGCGAAGGACUUGCUAGUUUGACCAAUUGAGUGAAAUGACAAAGGAAUGUUUAUAUGAAUAUGGAGUGAAGGGGCUUGCCAGUUUGAGCAAUGGAGUGAAAUGACGGGGGACUUCUACAAAGGAUUGCUUGGUCAGGGUAUUAUAAUGAGCGAGGUAAUAGAUUGAGCCAUACAUGUUCAGCUGGUCAUUUAACAGAUGAUAACUUGUUCUUUAACAUUGAAAUUAAGUCUACAUCUUCAUUGAAGAAAUCUUCAGCCAGUUCUGUGGUGCCCAACUUUGUAAGUUUCUUAGAAGUCAUAAACAAAAUUUGUAGUGUGCUUCAAUUUGUAAGAGAACCAAUAAUAUCUGGGACGGCUGUUUUGAGUUGAUUGGAACAACUAGUUAUUGAUUUGUCAAUUUAUCUGUUUCUAACUUA